AAACUGCACGAAUGGUUAAAGACUCAAACAGGAAGUGUUGCUGACAGACAAGGGACAGAACGUGAAAGUCAAAUUAAAGCAAAAAGUGAUAUAUCGUUAAAAAAUACGAUUCAAUAUGUUGUUUUUUGUGCGUUCAUGUUGUCGUAGUAUGUUGUGUUUUUAAUGGUGUUUUAUGGUGCGUCUCGGAAGGAGCAGCGUUUAUAACGAUGUUUCAGGCUGCAGCUAAAGCACAGUCUGUUGCAUCAACCCUAUCUCAAGCAGUAUUGUUAAGUAUUCGACAUUAUUGUAAGAAGACACCGACGAAACUAAGAGUAUCCGAAGCACUUUUAGGUGCUGAGUGGGGAGCACAUGUCAAAAUACAGGGGUGGGUUCGUUCUAUCAGACAUCAGAAGGUAAAUCUCUUUCUUCAUGUGAAUGACGGGAGCUCAUUACAGUCAUUGCAGAUUGUUGCUGCUUCACACCUAAAUGACCCAUUGCUCACAUUUGGUAGCGCUGUGGAAGUCACAGGCGUUCUUAAGGAAAGUCCACAUCGAAAACAGCCAGUUGAACUGGAAGCAGAUGAAAUCCAUGUCAUUGGAGAAUGUAACCCUGUGGAUUUUCCCUUUAAAAUCAAAGAGAGACACAGCCUUGAGUAUAUUCGCCAACUUCCUCAUCUCAGGUGUAGAACAAACGCCUUUAGCUCCCUGUUGAGAGUACGAAGUGAGGCCACUACAGCCAUUCACUCAUAUUUCAAGGAAAAUGGCUUUGUGCAGAUUCAUACUCCAAUCAUCACCUCAAAUGACUGUGAAGGUGCAGGAGAGCUAUUUCAGGUCGUGCCAUCACACCCAGAAAAUGAGGAAGAUGAGAACUUUUUCUCUGUCCCAGCCUUCCUGACUGUGUCUGGUCAGCUUCAUUUGGAAGUGAUGUCAGGGGCUUUUACUAGAGUCUAUACAUUUGGGCCAACUUUUCGUGCAGAGAACUCCCAAAGCAGACGCCACCUUGCUGAGUUUUUCAUGGUGGAAGCCGAGAUCUCCUUCACUCAGUGCUUAGAGGAUCUCACCAGGGUCAUGGAGGACAUGUUCAGAUCUGCGACGGAGCAGGUCAUGGCUCACUGUGCAGAGGAUGUGGAUUUGUUUCACAAGCAUGUAACUCCUGGACACAGGGACACUGUAGAUGCAAUACUGAAGAAGAGAUUCCCUGUGGUUACCUACAGCGAGGCUAUAGACAUCCUAAACCGCAGCUCCCAGAAAUUUGCUUUCCCAACAAAUUGGGGUUGUGACCUUCAGACAGAACAUGAGAAGUACCUGGUGAAACACUGUGGCAACAUUCCAGUCUUUGUCACUGAUUAUCCUUAUGAUCUUAAGCCUUUUUAUGCAAGAGACAACCAGGACAGUCCUGAACAUACAGCAGCUGCAGUGGACCUUCUUGUGCCAGGAGUUGGAGAGCUCUGUGGGGGCUCGUUGAGAGAGGAAAGGCUGGAUCUGCUGAGGGCUCGGCUGAAAGAGGCUGGAUUAGAAGACACCUACAGUUGGUAUUUGGAGUUGAGGCAUUUUGGCUCUGUCCCUCAUGGUGGCUUUGGACUGGGAUUUGAACGAUAUUUGCAAUGCAUUCUUGGUGUUGACAACAUAAAAGAUGUGAUUCCUUUCCCUAGAUUUUCCCAUUCUUGCCUUCUGUAGAACACAAAUUAAGCACAGCAGAUAUUUGUUAUGUGUGUUUGCGCUGGCAGACAUUGAAUAA